CCGCAACGGUCCAACACAUGCGCUCUCGCUGACAUCCGGGGCCAGGACAAGGAUGAACGGCGAUUUCCAAGAUGGCGGCGGAGGGAGGAGGGAAGGAGAUGAACGAAAUUAAAACUCAGUUCACCACACGAGAAGGUGUCUACAAACUCCUCACUCACUCUGAAUACAGCCGCCCGAACAGGGUGCCUUUCAACUCGCAGGGCUCCAAUCCCGUCAAGGUCUCCUUCGUCAAUGUAAACGACCAGUCCGGCAACGGCGACAGGAUCUGUUUCAAUGUGGGCCGGGAACUCUACUUUUAUAUCUACAAAGGCGUGAGAAAGGCUGCUGAUCUUAGUAAGCCCAUAGACAAGAGGAUAUACAAAGGAACGCAGCCUACGUGCCAUGACUUCAACCCCCUCACAGCUACAGCAGAGAGUGUCUCUCUGCUGGUGGGCUUCUCAGCAGGCCAGGUGCAACUCAUAGACCCAAUAAAGAAGGAAACCAGCAAACUCUUCAAUGAGGAGAGACUUAUUGACAAGUCGAGAGUAACGUGUGUACGAUGGGUUCCUGGUUCAGAGAGCCUGUUUCUUGUGGCUCACUCCAGUGGCAGCAUGUACUUGUACAAUGUGGAAAACACCUGUGGCACCACAGCACCUCACUACCAGCUCCUUAAGCAGGGUGAAAAUUAUGCUGUGCAUACCUGCAAGAGCAAAUCGGCUCGUAACCCGUUACUGCGGUGGACAGUGGGCGAAGGGGCGCUCAAUGAGUUUGCUUUCUCCCCAGAUGGAAAGUUUCUAGCUUGUGCGAGCCAGGAUGGCUUCCUGCGGGUUUUUGGCUUUGAUGCCGCAGAGCUACACGGAACUAUGAAGAGCUACUUCGGUGGCUUACUGUGCGUGUGCUGGAGCCCUGAUGGACGGUAUAUUGUGGCAGGAGGGGAGGACGACCUGGUGACGGUUUGGUCGUUUUUGGACUGCAGAGUCAUUGCACGAGGGCAUGGCCACAAGUCAUGGGUGAGCGUAGUGGCGUUUGACCACUGUACCACCAGUGUUGAGGAUGGUGACUUGCCUGCGGAGUUUAGUGGCAGCGAUGAGGACUUUCACGAGCAGAAUCACUUCAGUGCAGGCAGAGACAGAGCAAACAGUUCUCAUUCUCGGCUUUCUAAGAGAAACUCUACGGACAGUAGGCCUGUUAGUGUGACCUACAGAUUUGGCUCAGUGGGACAGGACACCCAGCUGUGCCUGUGGGACCUCACAGAGGACAUUCUCUUUCCUCACCUCCCUUUGUCCCGCACUCGAACACACACUAAUGUUAUGAGUGCCACAAGCCCUCCAGCAACAGGACAAACUCCUACUCUGUCCACAACCACCGGUUCCGGUGGCACCAACGGUAAAGACAAUUUGAGCAAUAGUAGCACUAGCGGCAACCCAACUAACUCCCUCCCCGGCACCUUGCCUCGGUCCAAUAGCUUGCCUCACUCCUCAAAUCCAGCAGGGGGCAGCACCCCCAACAGUAACACAGGCAGCAGCAACAGCAGCAGCAGCACCACCGCCACAGCCACAACCACAACCAAGGCCAACAGCAUCAUUGACAGCGCUUUCAUCGCCACCAGCGUCAGCAAGUUUGCAACACUGUCGUUACACGACUCGCGCAAGGAGCGCCACGAGAAGGACCACAAGAGAAACCACAGCAUGGGUCACAUCAGCAGCAAGAGCAGCGACAAGCUAAACCAGCUCAGCUCGUCAAAGACGGCGAAAGCUGACGCUGCUAAGACUUUAGGCACCACGCUGUGCCCACGCAUGGAGGAGGUGCCGCUCCUGGAACCGCUGGUGUGCAAAAAGAUAGCUCACGAAAGACUCACUGUGUUAAUCUUCCUGGAGGACUGUCUGGUAACAGCCUGUCAGGAGGGUUUCGUUUGCACAUGGGCUAGGCCUGGGAAAGUGGGAUUGCUAUCAUCUCAAAACAACCCAGCCAAUUCCCCCAGUGGAACAGUAGUAUAGUUGGUGCUGGUGCUGCUAAUAACAGCUCCACGCAACAGAGACGUGGGGACGACCAAGACCGAGGCCCUGCAGCGCUUCUUCACACACAGUCACACAUCACAUGACCUCGAGUGUCUCCUUUCAUUCUCAUCACUACAAGCACCCAGAUGCUCUCUUUGUGUUACUGUUCAUGUUAAGAAUUUUGGCCAAGGCCAGAGUUAGAAACUUGACCCCCUUUGUUUUGUGUGUGUGUGUGUGUGUGUGUGUGUGUGUGUGUGUGUGUGUGUGUGUGUGUGUGUGUGUGUGUGUGUGUGUGUGUGUGUGUGUGUGUGUGUGUGUGUGUGUGUGUGUGUGUGUGUGUGUGUGUGUGUGCGUGCGUGCGUGCGUGCUCGCGUGUGUGUGGGGGAGGUGGAGUGGGUUUAAAGGGUGCUAUUGGAAGUUAGAGGGCAAGCUUUAAAUCAUCCAGGAGGCUUAUGGGAAGGUUUGACUGGCUUCAUUAUUGCAUCUAUGCUCAUAUCAGAACGUGUCUAGUCUAACAAUAACAAACUAAUCCCCCAAUCUCUUGUGCCUGUAAAUCUUCAAAGACUAGACACGGUGUAAGCAUUUGUGAUGAUGCCUCAACCUGACCUUUUUGUGUGGGUUUAAUUAAAUCCCUUUUUUAAAAAAAAAAAAAAAAAAAAAGAAGAAAAAAAUAAAUGUAAUAUAUUCACAGAUAAAGGGAAUAAGAUGAGGGACUGUUUUGGAGCGACAGCAGCAUAUCCCCAAAGCGAAGUCUCUUAUUUUUCACCUCCUGGGUGAUUCCUUGUGCAGUCACGGUUGUCAAACACCUGCCCAAGAGAGACUGCCUUUUACUUCCUUUUGAAACAUUUUUAAGUCCGAGUUGUCAAACUCAGGAGUUUAUUUGCACAGUUUUGUUUUUCUUUCAUUCUUUUCCUUCCCUUCUAUAUUUUGAACUCAUGAGGGUGGAACAAGUUUUUCAAAACGCUUUGAAAGCACUUGGGGAAACGGCUUGUUAUCGUUCUGUCUCAACGCUGGAUGCUGCAAUCAUAGUUUUUUAUAUGAAAAAAAAAAUUGUUUGCACUUAAUAGUUAGAGGAGUAUGGCUUUACAUUUUGGAGUGUGUAAGGACUCCUUGACAAGGUUGUUAUAUAAAUAGAAUUUAAAAAAACAAAAACUUUGUAUCUAUUGAGCAUUUAUUUUAAUAUUGUUUCGGAUGAAAUGGGCUCUGUAAUAUAUGUAAAUAUUGUACAUCAGUGAUUUAUGGGUGAAAUGAUCAUAUUACAUUAAUUGAAAAUCCUCAUUUCAGAAAAUAGUGAUAUUUCUAAUACAGAAAAUCUAUACCUAAUAUUAAAACAAAUCUUGAAUAUGCAGGUGAAAAUGUUUCUUUUCUGUUGUACAUAGAGAAAUUUCAGGUGUAUUUUUAUUAAUGAAACGUUUGGUAUAGGAAAUGUCUAUCCUUUUGUCUAACAGGUAGUGCUGAAUGCUAGCUAGCCUGUCGCUGCAGAUUCCUUUUACUACGUAGACAGGUAGGCGCAGAGGCAGUGGUCUAUAAUUCAGCCAUCACUCCGAGCUCAGGUAAACCACAGGAAGACCAACGCUGGCAUAGUUCCCCUCACCCAUAGGCAGCAGUCCCAUCCGUCAUAAUACUUGUGAAACUCACUUUAAAAAAUAAGACUGACAACCUUGUUCUGCACACAGGACUGAAAUCUGUGACUUCUGUUAUAUUGCCAGUAACUGAUGCUGAACUUGUGAACAAACUUGACACUGUGUUGAAUUACCAGCUGACAUGCGUCAGCACUCGGUGGCGGGGGUAGGUGCUUGAGGUGAGGGGUGCUUUUUCAGGCACCCAUACAGAACUAAGGAUUUUAACAGUGGGAGCCUUUUCCUCCAUGUGACGCCUAUUAAAACAGCUUUGACAGACUA